UUUACAUAUAAAAGACAAAGACUGUGUGGCUCUGGAGGUGCGGUACCACAAAAGCUGUUACAGUCAGUACACCAUGUUUUUGCUGAGACCUGACAAACCAGAGACAGAACAGGAUGAGGCAAUGUUUGAUGCCAGUUACAAGCUGUUCUGUGAGAGGAUCAUCCGCCAGAGGCUGCUUGUCAACAAUGAGGUGCUUAGAAUGGGCCAGCUGAGGCAGGCCUUCAUUGACAUGGUGAAAGCAAACGAAGGUGUUGAUGCUUCAAACUACAGACAGGAUCUGUUGAAGAAGAGGCUGGCUCAAGAUUUCCCUCAGCUAGCGUUUCACAUGCCCACCAAGCGCAACGUCUGCGAACUGGUUUUUGCUGAGACUCUGUCAAAGGAUGCACUCGUGGACAUGCUACCAGAUCCAUCCGGUACGGAAACAACACAGUCCAGUGAAUUGAGCCAGACAGACAGCGACAAUGAAACAGGGAGAACAAAGUGCCAAACAACACAUGAGGACACAAGGACACUGUAUACAGCAGCGUUGUUUUUGAAAAGACUGCUUAGUGACACUCCUGGCAUGUCAUGCCCAUGGCCUCCCACUUCUGAAAAUGUAAAUGUCACUGAAUCUCAAACUGUUGUCCCCAUUGGACUAUACAAUCUGCUCAGCUGGAUUAUAGGUUCCACUGAGGAGCCAACACUGGAUCAUUAUGUCAACAUUGAUGAUGACGUACAUUUGAAAGUGUUGUCUGUUUGUCAAGACAUUGUGUACCUUGCUUCCAAGGGCCGCAAGCAGACACCCAAGUCCUUGGCUUUAGGUUUAACUGUUCGACAUUUAACUGGAUCAUCACGCAUUGUAUCACUGCUUAACAGACUGGGACAUUGUGCAUCAUGGGACACAGUUUUGAGUCUAGACACUAGCCUUGCCCAACUGACACUAGUAGAAGGCAGAGACAAAAUACCGAAGGGAUUCUCAAAGCGGACACCCACAACACUUGUGUGGGAUAACAUUGACUUUGGUGAGGAGACACUAUCGGGUCGUGGAACUACUCACCAUACAAAUGGAAUUAUGCUCCAGAGUGUGCCCGGCGAGCCUAUGUCCACAGCAAUCAGACAGCCACUGAGAAAGGGAGUUACCUCAUUCAUAGCCCCCCCCCCAAUGCCUAUACAACCUUACCAUCAGUCCAAAAGGCAAGGGCCACAGAACUUGUGUCAACCAGUGCAGUCAGCGACAUGCAGAAUGGACACCCACUUUGCUGUACAAGCUGAAAUGGCAUAUGCUUUUGUGAAGUCCACAUGUACGGAUAGUUGUACAAUCCCAAGCUGGACAGGGUUCCAUACACUGCUUCAGGAUGAAAACACUCUGCAGAAGUCCGCAUUGUAUUAUCUUCCAGUCAUUGAAGCCUCACCAACAGAGAUGUCAACAGUCAACACUAUCCUGAAGCGAAGUGUCCAGAUUGCUGACCAGCUAGAACUGGAUCAUAUAGUUUUAGUGUUUGACCAGGCUAUAUAUGCCAAAGCACAGCAAAUACGCUGGAAGGAUGUUGAGUUUACAAAGCGUCUAGUGAUUAGACUAGGUGAAUUCCAUACAUGCAUGUCCUACCUGAGUAUUCUAGGCAAAAGGUUCGGAGAUGCAGGACUGCAAGAUAUCCUCAUUGAAUCUGAAGUUGUUGCCCCAGGAUCCAUCAAUGGGGUACUCAAUGGCCAUCACUACAAUCGCAGCAUGAGGGCUCAUAAACUUCUAUAUGAGAGUCUGCAGCGCAUCCGGUUUAUCACCUUCAUGGACUCCUUGCCACCCCAAGAGAGAGCUGCGUGCAUGGAUGUCAUCACUGAGAUGGAAUGUGCCUUUCCAGACAGAUUGAUGGAUGUUUUGAGUGCAGAUCAGAGGUUUGAUAAUAUGUGCUCGAAAUAUGCAGACUUUGUGCAGAGGAGGAGUACAGAGAAUGCAACAUUUGCUUUCUGGAGCUCAUACAUUGACAUGAUGCAGCUACUCCUCCUGUUUGUGAGAGCAACGCGAGAAUCAAACUGGCAGCUUCACCUGUCAACCGUCCGGUUAAUGAUGCCAUGGUUUUUUGCCUACGAUAGAGUAAAUUACGCUCGAUAUUUACCUGCAUACUGGCUGGAAAUGAUGAAUCUGCCUGUCACACAUCCCUCUUGCCACAGUGACAUGAAUGUGAAAGGCCAGUGGACUGUCCAGCGACAAAGUGUUCAUGGAUUUGCCUCCAUUGCUUGCGACCAGGCUAUUGAGCAAACGCUUAACAGAGAUGCCAAGACCAAAGGUGGCUGGACAGGGAUCACACAAAAUCGGUCUGCAGUGUAUCGCUGGAUACUGUCACAGCAUGAAAGAGCCGCGAUAGCAAGACAGUGUGAAUCAAUGGCAGGGAUAUCUCCUGAGCUACGGACAAGAAAAGACCUGGACAAGACACGCAUCUCUGCUGAUGCAAAGGCUGUGAGUAGAAUCUUGGACACUAUUGAUUCCAUGCUCAACCCUUUUGAUGUACACCAAGACGGCAUUGUGUGUCUUAGCUCUGGAAGAGUAGCAGCAGGAUAAAUCACAAAGGAUUUGCUUGUUGCCUCA